AUGCCACCAUCGAAGCUAGACCCGAAGGAAGAUGAAGCUCUGUUUGAGGAAACUGAUCCCUUCGUGGAUGGCCCCAUCUCUGUUGACCCCGGUCUGAAUUUCAGGAUGGGCAAGCGCAAUUUUCUCAAUUUUAACCUUCUUGUGCUCGAUACUUGUUUGAUUACCAUUGGUGAAUGGGAGCUAUUCGGUCUGAAUGUUUGCAUUUAUGGUGCGGUGCGACCCAUCCAUUAG